UCAGAUUUAUAAAAUAAUUAUAUCAAUUUUAUUAGUGUUUGGCUCAGAAGUUAUUAACCCAUUUUCUAUAUUUACUAAUUAAAUGUGUUUUUUGGACUUUUAAAGUUGAUAAUCAAAAACAUAAGCUCAUGAACUCAUUUUCUUAUAUAGAUGGGUUGGUAGGUUGAUCAAUAGCUGAAAAUGUUUUUUUCUUGCUAUUGAGGUGAAAUGAAAUUUUCUGAGCAUCUAGGUGCUCAUCUAACCCCAGAAUGGAGAAGUCAAUAUGUGCAAUAUGAGGAAAUGAAAAAGUUUAUUUACGAAGCAAGCUCUACGGUACCCGCAUCAGCUAAUUUGUCAGAUGAAUUAUGGAAAAGUCAUUUUGAAAAAUACGAUGUUAAUUUUUUUGAGUUUUGUGACAUGGAACUUGCCAAAGUUAACACUUUCUUUGCUGAAAAGUUGUCAGAAGCAAUGCGUAAGUUUACCAAUUUACAAAUACAAAUGGCAAAUGCAGGAAUUCCAAGCCUUCGUUAUGUUGUAAAUAGCUCCCUUAUUGUGCGUAAAAGAGAUGGGUCUGAGGCGCACUUUGGAACUCCAGUUAAGCCUAAAACACAAACUCUUUCAAGUAAAAAACUCAAAGAAAUGAAGUUUGUAGUCAGUGAAUUCUAUCUUAGCUUAGUUCUUAUCCAAAAUUUUCAGCAACUGAAUUUCACUGCAUUUCGAAAAAUUUUAAAAAAGCAUGACAAGAUCUUCAAAACAAAGAGUGGUGCUGAAUACAGAGUAGCAAAUAUUGAAUGUUCUCCUUUCUAUACCAACACUCAAAUAAAUACUCUUAUUCUAGAUACUGAGUCGAUUGCUAUAGAUGAUUUAGAAGGAGGAAAUCGUACUAAAGCAAUGAACAGACUUCGAGUUUUACCAAUAUCUGGAAAGCAAAGUGAAUCAAUAUCAUUUUUUUGGGGGUUUUUCUCUGGAUUGUUUUUGGUUUUAAUUGCUGUUGUAGCAGUUGCAGCAUAUUAUAAAGGUCCUAACACAAACUGGCUACCUGCUUUACGAAUGUACCGUGGUAUUUUAAUUUUAUAUAUUAUGAUUGGUUUACUUGGUAUAAAUGUGCGUGGUUGGGGGCGAGCUGGUGUAAAUCAUGUCCUUAUUUUUGAGCUUGAUCCUCGUCAUCAUUUAUCCUAUGCAGAAUAUUUGAUGACAGCAUCAAUGUUUGGAACAUUAUGGUGUUUAAGCUGCUUAGCUUUUCUCUUCAGUAGAGGUUUUAAAAUCCCAGAAUUUGCUCAUCCUUUAGCUUUGGCUACUUUUACCUUAUUAUAUUUAAUUAACCCAACAAGAACUUUUCAAUAUAGAUCUCGACGAUGGUUGCUUAGAGUGUUGUUACGAAUUAUUGUUGCCCCCUUCAAGCAUGUUUGUUUUGCUGACUUUUGGCUUGCUGACCAGUUAAAUAGUUUGGUUAUUCCUUUGUUGGAUAUACAAUAUUUGAUUUGUUUUUAUACAUAUGAUUGGUACAAAACUCAAGGUUCAGGUCAAUGUACAUCAACAAAAAAUGGCAUCCGACCAAUUAUUGCACUGUUACCUGCAUGGUUUCGAUUUGCACAGUGUUUACGCCGUUACAGAGACUCAAAAAAAGCUUUUCCACAUUUAGUAAAUGCUGGAAAAUAUUCUACAUCAAUGUUUGUAACAAUAUUGUCCACAGUAACAUCAGUAAAAGAUGAAGCAAACACGGGUCAACGUAGUUGGUUGUUUUAUGUUUGGAUAAUUUCGUUACUUAUCAGCACAUUUUAUACAUUAUUUUGGGAUUUGAAAAUGGAUUGGGGAUUGUUUUCAAAAGAUGCUGGUGAAAAUCGCUUCCUUAGAGAACAUAUUGUUUAUGAGUACAAGAUGUAUUAUUACAUCGCAAUGCUUAGCGACGUUUUGCUGCGAUUUAUGUGGACGUUAACAGUAUCCGUCGGGAACUCCGGUUUUUUGGUCAGCGAGUUUUUCACUUUGUUCAUUGCUGUGGUUGAGAUUUUUAGGCGUUUUGUUUGGAACUUCUUCCGAUUAGAAAAUGAACAUUUGAAUAACGUUGGAGAGUUUAGAGCAGUUCGCGAUAUAAAUAUAAAACCUAUUCAAAAGCAAAAGAACAUUUCUUCUUUAACACUUGAAGAAAUUAUGGAUCUUGAGGAUGGUCCGCCAAAAAAGAAAUUAAACGUGAAGAAUGUAUAAAAAUUAUAUUGAUAAUAUAAGUUAACACAUUGUUGA